AUGCUCUUCGCCACCUUCCUCCUGACAGGCCUCGCCUCUGCCGUUCUUGCCAUUACUCCCCGUCAGGUCACGACUGAGUUUGCUCCGUGGAAUAUCACCAAUGUCUCGGGCGGCAGCCCUUCCGGCCGCCCUGGCAGCAGUCCCAACGAAACCCUGUCCAUAAGCAUCCGAGAACCUAACGUAAUCCGCCUACAACGGGUUCCUAGGGGCUAUGCCGCCUUCCUACCUUGGGAAACGACCUGCUCGUGGGCCUGGGACCGAGCAGGUACAGCCAACUUCCCUAUUGGCAUUGAAACGCUGUGCAGUCCUGUCGACGACACGCUGGGCAACUUUACCAUGACUCUGUCUCAGGGCGAAAGCAGCAGUGACUUCACGGUCAAGAUCAAGGAGACGAAGGAAGUGACUGUAUUUGGAACACGCUACGUUCGGGUCUUUGAGGCUGAGAAGGCGUUGAAGGAUGAGCUGUUCAAGACUUGUGGUGGCAGUGGAGUUUGCGGGAUUCAGUUGGCGGAUGGACCGGUGGAAGUGCAGCAGGAGUUGACGACAAGUAUUGGGACCUGUGAGGAGGCUAGUAUUGGUGGGUGCUGA